AUGAGCCGCACCGUGACGAAGGAGCAAUACGCCAGUGUGAGGAAGGUAGAGCGGAUGCUGCUGGGCGCAUGCCUCACGACCCCACGGCAGGGCCUUCUUGAUCCCCACUCCAUGGGGAUUAUCAACUUUUUGAGUGGUAAAGAAUCCAAACUACAGGCUCUCAUGAGGCAACUGGACGUCGGAGCUCAUAAAUCGCUGCAGCCCAUUAAGUUGCUGGUGGAGUUUAUGAGCUUUAUUGUGGGUGGCCUCACAAUUGAGGCAGACAAGAUUGAGGAGGCUGUCUGUGAUGCGCGGAAAGCUGUGGCGGCUCUCACGCACGAAAUUCAACGGCGCAAGCUGGAACUGGGAUGCAGGAAGCAGUACAGCGGCACCAACGUUACUCGUACACUGGAUCAGUUUUACCGCACAAAGCGUGCGAUCUUCUUGAGCACAGCCAACCGCCGCGGGAAUGAGGAGGGGUACACGCAUGAUCUUAUUCUGGCCAUCACAGAGGAUCGAACCCUUCUACAAGAAAAUAGGCGAAUACUGCGCGUUCUCAUCAUGGUGCAGCGACUUUUAUGGGGAUCCGGUAAUGUGUCAGAGGAGGAUAUUGAAUGUAUGCUUCGUGACUUUAGCAUCCCGCUUACUAUUCGUCGGUUUCAUCACAAGCUGAGGGACCUUAUGCUUCUACUCAAGCCAGAGGCACGAAGCUCGCUAAAAUGUUUGCUAUCGCUUGGGGAAUUUAUUGCGAAUGUUCAUAUUGGGCUCUCUGCGGCCACAGAAGAUUUGGACGUAUGUCUAUUCUCGCUAAAGAAGUGCAUUUUGAUGCAGGAGGAAGACUUGAGGGUCCGCCGCAUCAACGCAUUGCGUGAGGCACCCUCUGUAGAAGUUUCUUCGGUGUUUCACCUAUCGGGGCCCAACCGGCGGACGUCGACGUCUGCACGGGAGACCGAAGAACUCAGCAAACUGUAUUGUUCAUAG